AGCCGAUCAAUGGCUGGUGCACAAGAAAAAUGGUAUUUUUCAAAAGAACAACUACAGAAUUCAGCAAGCAGAAAAUGCGGCUUAGAUGGAGAUAAGGAGCUUGCAUAUCGGCAGCAGGCCGCCAAUCUCAUCCAGGAUAUGGGCCAGAGGCUACAAGUAUCUCAACUAUGCAUAAAUACAGCAAUAGUGUAUAUGCAUCGGUUCUAUGCAUUUCAUUCAUUCACACAGUUUCACAGGAAUGCUAUAGCCGCUGCUGCGCUAUUCCUUGCAGCAAAGGUGGAAGAGCAGCCAAGGAAGUUAGAAUAUGUAAUAAAAGUAGCACAUGUCUGCCUCCACAGGGGUGAGGGUGUUAAUACCCUCACCAGCUCAGAGCAGUAUCAGGAACAGGCCCAAGACUUAGUAUUUAACGAGAAUGUCCUAUUACAAACACUGGGUUUCGAUGUCGCAAUCGACCACCCACACACUCACGUCGUACGGACAUGUCACCUUGUCAAAGCCCCGAAGGAUUUGGCCCAAACAUCUUAUUUCAUGGCAUCGAACAGUCUCCACCUGACUACAAUGUGUCUGCAAUACAAGCCCACGGUGGUCGCAUGCUUUUGUAUUCAUCUGGCCUCUAAGUGGAGCAACUGGCAGAUUCCGCAGUCACAUGAGGGCAGGCAUUGGUUCUCCUAUGUGGAUAAAACCGUAACAGCUGAUCUUCUAGAGCGUCUCACGUCUGAAUUCCUUCACAUAUUCGACAAGUGUCCCUCUAGACUGAAAAAGAAGAUGAUGACCAUGUCCAAUGCCAUGAUACAGCUUACGGACCCUCAUGUAGUGAGAAGGCUCGCGAGCGGAAGUUCACCAAACCCACCUCACCUCAACGUGGCGUCUCCAUUUGAUAGGAAGAAGGAACACAUGCUCGGGACAGCGACGACCGAUGAAAUCGACAAAUGCUUUGAUAAAGAGUAUGAACGCGAAAGGCGCCGACAACAAGUACCCGGAGGCUACGUGCCGGCGCCGUCACAGCCGCAACCACAGAAGAUAGAUUUCAAUUUGUACAGAGAGAAGAAAGAGAGGGAGGAGAGAGAGAGACGCCAGCAGGCCCUACGUGCUGGCCCAAGGCCCACCAACCAGCCCCCACAGAGUCACAGACCCCCUAGCAAACCUCACAUGUGGCCACACAAACCACCACACCACAAACCUCCCCACGACAAACCUCCCCUCGACAAACUUCUCCACGACAAACUUCUCCACGACAAACCUCUCCACGACAAACCUCUCCACGAUAAACCUCUCUACGAUAAACCUCCCCACGAGAGGCAUCGACCCCCCAAUCCACCGAACCUCCUCAAUCUCCCGCCUAUUCUUCCAAUACCCAAUCCUCCACUAUCCGAAAUUCCACAAAGAAUGCGCCCCCCGUCGCUGUUCUCCCCGGAGAAUGUCACACCACCGGCCACGGCCGCCCAGCCCAAACGACCACUUCAUGUGGUCCCGAAACCCAACCGUCCCUUCGAGAAACCCCCGAGCCCCAAAAAACGCCCAGACACGGCGUUCGCCAUACGGGAGAUGCAGCCCCCCGCCAUCCUCUCCCCAAUAUCCCCCAAAAAAACCGAGCCAGAACUAGUACCUGUAGUUAAGAAAUUAGAAGAAAGAAAAAAACCGGAAAAAGAAAAACUUGAAGUCCGGAACGGCAUCGAGACCGACCCGACGCUGGUCUCCAACCUCCUGAAGGAGAGCCUCGCCAAGCCGGCGCCGAUCACCGUCCCGACGGAGACGCUCGAGAAGGAGAAACACAAGAAGGAGAAGAAGAAGAAGGAGAAACACAAAAGUGGCAAGAAGCACAAGAAGGAGCGUAAAAAGAGCCCACAGAAGAGCCCCGAGCCGGCGUUGAGGAUUACGAUCCCGCGGUCAUCGUCCCCCGGGCUCAAGAUCAAGAUCCCCAAGGAAAGAAUUACCAUCCCCCCGCCGGGGUUGAAGAUCAAAAUCUCCAAGGAUGUCCUGGAGAACUCCAGGAAGAGACCGAAUAUGGAGGGAGGUCCGCCGCCGAAGAUCCCCAAGGAGUUUAAGGUCGCCGAAAACGGAAAUGGACCAGCAAAGUGAUGUCACAGUUACAUAGUGACGUCAUAUCGGCAGUGACGUCAUACCCUCAGUGACGUCACGAGGAAGGUGACGCUAGCGCUACGUGUGUCGACGUUCCUCAACAACACAUGGACCUCACUAGCGUAACGGUUUUGUUUCAUUCGAAUUUCGAAUUGUUUUAGCGAGACACGUUAUAGAAAACCGUUGGCGCCAAUUUGAAAUUCAUUUUCGGCUAUUGUUAUUUGGUCAUUUUCAGCUCGAAUUUCGAAUUGGCGCUCUCGGAACUAACAAUUUGUAAACGGGGGUUUAGCGUAGCCGUUGUUGGCUUUCGAAUUUCGAACGUCGAAUUUUAUUUUGCAGUUCGAAUUUCGAACGUCGAAUUGUAUCUUGCGGUUCGAAUUUCGAAUGGGUUGACACUUUGAAAACGGGUUUUCGAACAAUUACGUACAUUCUAGAACGGACUCUGAUUUUGAUAGUUGGGAAUGUUCUAGAAUGCCAUAAACGAAAGCUGUACUAUAUUAUGCUUCUUCUUGAUUUCGAAUGCGGGCAUUUCAUUCAUCGCAUUUAAUCGUAUUCACGGCGCCAUGGGUGCUCAUGCAUAGUCUGAUAAGCGCUAAAAUUAAAAAAAAGUUUUGUCUAUGGCGGCGGUAUCACUUUGCAUCAGGUGAGACUCCAGCCCGUUUGCCCCUGUUAGCCCCUGUUAUAUUACAAAAAACCAUCUAGAAUGAUGCAGGUUUUCUUAUAAACAGGGUGGGGGAUUUAAGUAAAAAUGAUAACCUAACACCAGAAAAAUGGUUGAAAAAUUGCCAUAAUGUCACUGUGUACCUACCUACAUGAUGUGAAAAAAUUAUUUUAUUUUGAAUGGCAAUAUUUUGCUGGGGUUGCUACUGGCCCUAACAGUCGGUAUGGCUUGGUGUUAAAUUUUUUGUGACACCUGUAUAUGUACUUCUAAAGCUAAAGCUAAAUGUUUUGUUGCUUUUUUUGGCCACUUAUGCCCAUGAUUGAAAGCGUCACAGGCUCUUAAGUCAGGCUUGAGCGCUCAUGGUAUUUGUACAAAUUUAUUUUCCUCAAUUGUAAAUUAAAUAUUUUUAUAUAUCACAGCUUUUGUCCAUGUAAAUAAAUGUAUAUAAUGUUUGAUUUGCAGUAAAAACCAUGUGUAGAUUUGAGGGGAAUCUGAUAAAAUUAUUUAAUAUGAGGGUAGAUUACAAAAAUAAAAUAUUAUUUGUUUAAAAAUAUAUAAAAGCAAAAGAUUAUAUAAAACUAUAUUCUAGUUCAACACUUAGGCAAGAUGGUGUCGCACCAGUCCAUGCGCAUGAGUUAGAAGCUUGUAAAUCUAUCGGUGUCAAAUUACACAUAUAUUUCGAUCAAAACAUUAUUUACAAGCAUGCUACGUCAUAGGGACCGGUGCUUAAAGUUUCACACUGUUCACUGGUCUAUUAUACACCCAAAUCUGUUUAGUAGUUUUUGAGUUCGUGUUCAUACAGGCACACGUACAUAUUUCAUAGGUAUGGACAAACUUUUUGAAAAAAUGAGCAAUACGACAUACCGUCAUGAGUGACUUUGAGGUUAUAUCAUCUGUUUGAUUAAUAUUGAGUCAUGUUUUAUCGUUAACUAUGAGGGACUAAAAUCUUAUUGUUAAUCUUAAACUCAACUUGAACACAUUUCAUCAGAAUCGCUUCAGCCGUUUAGAAGGGAUUUUAUUUAUUAAUUUUUCGUGGAUUUUAGCGGAUCGGACUGGCACGUAAAAUCUAAUUGUAAGUGUUGACUUGAACACACAAACCUUUCAUCGAAAUCAGUCUAGCCAUUUAUGAGAUUUAUAUAUUCGUUGAAAAUUAGAGGAUUUAAGUCACAUGGUUUUUACUGCACGGUUUUAAUUGUAACCUAAUUAUAGUCAAAAUUAGCAGAAUAUAUUCCAUUCAUAAUUGUGAAGUCGGACUAUAUUUCUGAAAUACCCUCCUCAAACAACAUUCUUGAAUAAUGGGAGGGUAUGUCAAAAUAAACCGAUAUAUCAAAUGUGUAGCCAAUGGCAGAUUUCGUUGUUUUAAGUAGUUAAAUAUGUCUGUACAAAAGCACAUCCUAUGAGAAAGAGCUAUCAAAAAUCCUGCUUUAGCUAUGUUUUGUCUCUUUCUAGUAAAGAUGGAGACGGCAAUUCUUAGCUGUGUUUAGAUUGUAUUUCUGAAAGACUUGUAUCCUAAAGAGUGAGAGUAUCUCUUUCUUAUUGUUAGGGUUAGAAUGAGAUGGCGUUAUGCCACAUGUUAACAACAUUAAAAUACUUAAUCGUG